AUGGUUUCACUGGUUGUAGUGGCUGUAUUUCUCCUCUGUGGGACCCUCUUUCAACCCCCCCAGGUGGCAGCAUUCAAACCUCUCUUUCAGGACGACUCCAUCACCCAUCGAGAAAUCACUCAGAUGGCCAUCCUCCGCAAGACAGCAGAAGUGUGUCGUGACAUAGCCACUGCCCAGGGGCGCGAUUUCACACUGCCUAUAAACAACAAGCUGACUCCAUCUGCUGUCCACAAAGCCUGCUCAGCAUCUUCUGCCCUCUCUACCCUCGGUUUAAUUUCAGCUAUAACAGAAACUUAUCUAAGCAACGCAGCUGUAGAUCAAGUUUUUGCAUUGAGUGAGGCACAUCACAUAGAUAAUGAGGCUUUCAGUGAGGGCCGGGAUCUCAUCACUCGUGGUGUGGCUGCAGUAAAGGCCAGCGUGCAGCAGGAAAGCUAUAUCUCUGCCCGUAUCGCACUGGGAGCUCUAUGUCACACUCUACAGGAUUUCUAUAGCCACAGUAACUGGGUGGAACUGGGAAGCACUGCUCCUUUCAGCACGUUGAUCAAACCUGACCUUCCUCUCAACAAUAUAGCAGGCCCCAGCACACCUACAUGCAAAAGCUGCACUGGGCCAAACUGUGGUGAUAACAUUCUCCCAGAAAUACUGCUGCAUAAGAAACUAACCUCAGGAUAUUUCAGCAUUACCUCCUCCAAAAAACCUGCUGGCAAGUGUAGCCAUGGUGGCUUUUUUGACAGGACCAGUUCAACAGAACCCACUGGAGGCAUUAAUAAGGAUGACAUCAGUUCAGAUCACGGCUUCCUUCACUUCCGUGCUGCUGAGAUGGCCAUCAAUGCUACUAUGGAAGUGCUGCAAGACAUCCGACUGGCAACAGGCGACCAAGCCUUUCUUCGACUGAUGGGCCUCAGUCAGACCUCAGUUCUGGCUUUUGUGAUUGACACCACGGGUAGCAUGUUUGAUGAUAUUGAAGAGGCCAAGAGAGUGUCCUUCAGUAUCAUAGACAGCAGGAGAGGAACAUCAGAGGAACCUUCAGAAUACAUUCUAGUCCCAUUUAAUGAUCCAGAUUUUGGACCUCUGACAAGGACUGAGGAUGCAGAUAUUUUCAAAGAGAGAAUCAAUUCUCUUUCAGCAUCCGGUGGAGGAGACUUACCAGAAAUGUGCCUGUCAGGACUGCUGUUGGCACUAGCAGCAGCUCCUCAAUCGUCAGACAUUUUUGUUUUCACUGAUGCUGCAGCAAAGGACUCGGCAUUAAAAAGCACCGUUCGGGCCAUGAUUGAACGCACCAAGACAACAGUCACUUUUAUGUUGACUAACCCCUUCUCAUUCCGUAGAAGAAGGGAUAUCUCACAAUCUCAAGGUUUUACGUCAAGAUCAAUACCUCUGUCAGACAUACAGCUGUACAGAGAUCUGGCCCAUGUUUCUGGUGGACAGACCAUUGAGGUCACAAAAGCUACUCUGUCUCAGGCCACUGCAGUCAUUACAGAUGCAUCUACCUCAGCCCUGGUGACGCUUUUUCAGUUGGUAAGAAAUCCAGCCAUUGCAGAAAACUUGACCUUUGUCUUAGAUCCUUCUCUGUCCAAUGUGACUGUGUAUGUCACUGGAGACUCUCCAGUCUUCACCAUCUACAGCCCGACAGGUGUGUCUCAGUCAGGUUCAGUGGCAGAUGGUCCUCUGGGCAGCAUCCUGACUGUAGGGAAUCUAAAGAGAGUGAAACUCAACUCUGACAACCAGACAGGAGAAUGGAAGAUCAGCAUCGACUCUACAAGCUUCUACAGCCUGAAAGUCACUGGUCAGAGUUCUGUGAACUUUCUCUUUAACUUUGUGGAGAGGUUAGAAGGGGGUGACUUCACACCGAAAGCCAAUCGUCCUUUCACUGGUCGGAAUGCUACUUUGUUUGUCUCUGUGACCGGAGGAGAUUCAGUCACAUUGACUGACGUGCUUCUAGUUGAAGCUUCAGGAUCUGAUGUUGUUAGUGGAACCAUUAAAGCAUUGGGUGCGACAGACUUCCUGGUCAACAUAGACAGAAUCCCAGAGUGGGCAUUUGUGGUGCAGCUGAAAGGGCUGUUGAAUGACUCAACUCGAUCUUUGCCUAGUCGAUUCCAGAGACAGUCACCCACUCAGCAACAAGGAUCUAGAGUUACUAUCACGGCCCAACCAAACAGCACUAUAGAGCCUGGGAUCCCUUUCUUUCUCAACUUUACAUUGGUCACUAAUGCUACAGGCGGCAACUACACUAUCCGAGCUCGGGCAGACCGCAGCUUCAACCUGUCUUUCCCCAGUUCUCUGGACGCAGGGACAGAGGGAAGUGCUCAGGGAACCGUAACACUGACUGCACCCUCCGACACAGAGUCAGGGACGGAUGUCACACUCACUAUUGAAGCAGAAGAUUCAGAGUCUGGUGACUCAAAUUACGUGGCACUGCGGUUCACUGUCAUGAAUAAGGUCACUGAUUUCUCUAGCCCUGUCUGUCAGGUAGUGAGCAUCAAAGCUGAUUGUCCUGUGGAAUGCAGCAGAGCAUCAUGGGAGCUCUCUACCAACUUAACGGACGGUAACGGUACAGGCAUAGCCGGAGUGUCCCUCAGUCGUGGCAAUGGCUCUCUCAGCUUAAGUAAUGUGAUGAGUGCGGAUGGCACAAAUGUGACUGUGGCUUUCUACAAUGCUUCCUGUUGUUCUCAGGAAGUAGAGCUUGUAGCUGUGGACAGGGUGGGAAACGUGGGCACAUGUUUCACCUCUAUAAAGAGCCCUUCUACAACUGUUAGCCCCAAUGGAUCAUAUUCUGUGUCCUUCUCCAUGUGUGUUGCUCUAGUAGGGUUAUUAGUUUCCUUUCUGUAUGGAUGAGGGGAACUGUAAUGAUGAAUUAAGUGAACAUUUUCCAUUAUCUUUAACUUAAUAUAACUAUGUUCUCACUAUCGUUGAUUAUCUUUUAUAAACUGCUGGUAACGACUUUACAUUUAUGCCCUACCUCCUUAUCAGUUAUAAUGGAAAAAUGCUCUUAUGAAUAGGG